AUGGCCCACGGACCGCAAGAGUCAGAGACCUCUUGGCCUCCUCGGUCGCCCCACGAAGCCCUCAUGAGCACCCCGAAAGGUCGCCAGCGCUACCGAGAAAUGAUGAAUCAGACCUCGCCGACACCCACGCCCUCUCCAUCCAAGAGCAGCAGGGCUACGGCAUCGGUCAUGGCGCGAUCCGGGGCGCUUCAGGAACAGAUGGAUGACGAUGACGACGACGAUGAGGAGACGCUCCAGCUGAAGCUGCAAGAGAUCCAGGCUCGAUUGAAGCUGAAGAAACUGCAAAAGGCCCGCGAAAAUGCUGCUCAGGGCAGACACUCCCGCUCAAACUCCGUUACAUCAAGCGUCCAGCCACGACGCGCUGUUCGCGGGACUACACCAACGCCAGAGAGUCAUCCACGGCCUGCGUCGCAGAAUAUGGUACAGGUCCCCGCAUCUCCCGUUCGGAAACUACAGCCUCCACAGGAUCCAAAAUCGCCAAGUAGAGUGCUGCUAGGCAUCGACAAGGGGCUGCGGGCAAAGGAUGUUUCGCUAAAACGCGCUCCAAGCUUUCGAAGGCCGGCAAGCAUCGACAGAGCGGGACAGAGAAGCUAUUCAGAGAAGCCAAAGGCAGCUAGUCCAUCGGGAAUGUCGUCGCCCGAAGGAUUCCGGUCACUCAGUUUCAAUGAGCGAUUGGCAUCCGCAAGGUCAGAAGAAGUGUCUCGCGCCGAAAGACAAGAGAGGAUAUCCAAGCUGAGAUCCAGCGCAUUCGUCGGAAUUGGCAAGGAGGAAAUGGAAGAAUACAAGAAGAAUGCCGUCGACAUUCCAGACGAGCCUUUGCAGGCCCCGACUUUUAGCAGGGACGAGAUCCUUGGCAAAUCGAAACCACCUGUGGUGUUGCAACGGACCCGUACGGUUUCUGAUUUGCGCGAUACUGCAGGCAGAAACGGCAAUCCCCCUUAUGGCAAUAUUCCCCCAUUCAUACAGUCCUCUCAAAGGCGUAAAAACAGCUUGCCGACGAGUGACAUCUCCACGGAAGAGCAAGGGUCAUUUGAACCUUACUCUAGCAUACAUCUUUCUAAACGGAUAUUACCCAAUCGAGUCGUAGCUAGGCAUGUUUCUGGCAAGAAAAUAUUCAAUAUCAAAGAUCUGUUGCGAGAGGUCAAGGGUCCAGACUUUGCCCUGCCAGAUGUCGAAGAGGACAUUAUCGUCUUUGCGAUUGUAGCAAAGAAGUCAGAGCCCCGAGCGCAUAAGCCCGCCGCGGGGAAGAAUGGACAGAAAGACGAGGAUCGUGGCAAAUACAUGGUACUGACUCUAGUCGACUUGGAAUACGAACUGGAUCUAUUUCUAUUCAACUCGGGCUUCACUAAAUACUGGAAGCUCACAGAAGGAACUGUUGUCGCCAUUCUUAACCCCAAUCUGAUGCCACCACCACCUGGAAGACAAGAUACUGGACGGUUUAGUCUGGUCAUUAAUUCGGACGAGGAUACGAUACUCGAGGUUGGGUCAGCUCGCGACUUGGGCUUCUGCCAGGCAAUCAAAAAAGACGGAGAAAUGUGCAGAUCUUGGGUGAACAAGAAGCGGACGCAAUUCUGCGAGUUCCAUUCCAACGAAGCCAUCCGGAAGCAGCGAAGUGCACGAAUGGAAGUCAACUCGAGUGGCUUUGGUACUCGCGCUCGUUUUCAGGGCAAAAGCUCCGUAGAAGUUUUUGAGCCGGUGAAGAAGAAAAACACAGACUACGACUGGGAGACCAAGACACAUUGGUACGCGGCGCGAGGGCAUACGGCUUCAGAGCUACUUGAUGGCAAAGAUCGAGAUCCUUCAGAUAGGAAGGACAAGGCCGAGUUUCUACGACGCAAUAUGGAAGCCAAGGAAAAGGAGCGCGAAAUGAUGAAAAAGCUUGGUGAAGUCGGCAAUGCGGCUGGGAGAGAAUAUAUGCAGCGCGCAAGAUCUCGAACCGAUGCAGGCCUGGCACCCAGCAGCAUGAGCUCGAGCCAGCAACUCUUCAACACGGCAGAUCCCUUUACUGAACCCGAAAAGCCAGAUGCAGCCUCGCUCGGCCUCCUGGACAAGGCUCGUGACAUCCACCUCAGUCCUGUGAAAAGGAAACGGACGGGUAGUUCUCAGACUGGAUCUCUUACGCGGAGCAACAGUAGCAAUAGUAAUAGUACUACUCACAGCAGGCCGUCCGGCCUUGGCUGGGGCGGCGCGUUAAAGGACAAGCUCUCGAGCAUGAAGGAAGGGGAGAAGCUCAAGCCAGAGCAGCCACCGCUUCGGAAGAAGACACGGUUUGUCACGGAAAAGGGAAUCCGAGAGGCUGGCCGCGAGAGCCUUGGCAACUUGUCCGAAAGGAAUCUGGCCGACCGGCAGGUGAUCUUACCCGACGACGAUGACGAGCUUGUCAUCGUGGGGUAG